AUGGCUUCUUCCAAGCCAGUUCCCACGAAGAUUCUGGGCGUAGGAAUUGUUGGAUGCGGAGAAGUCUGUCAAACGAUACAUAUCCCAACUCUGGGACAUAUGUCGGAUUACUUUCAAGUUACAUAUCUGUGCGAUGUGUCUUCCAAUGCUUUGCAACAUUGCAAAACAAAAGUUGCUGGCAAAACACCGGGAACAACACGUGAUAUAAAGGAGUUAUGCGCAUCUCCAGAUGUCGAUGUUGUUUUCAUUGCCAACUCCAAUGAAUACCAUGCAGCUCAUACCAUCAUUGCACUGGAGCACGAUAAACACGUGAUGCUGGAAAAGCCUGCUAGUGUCAAUGUUCGCGAUGGAGAUGCAAUCAUUGCAGCCGAGCAAAAGUCAAAAGGCAAAGUUUUUGUAGGCUAUAUGAGACGCUACGCUGCAGCGUUUUUGGAUGCUAUCGAGGAGGUUGGGGGGGUUGACAAGAUACUCUAUGCUCGAGUACGAGACAUCAUCGGACCAAACUCAACCUUUGUCGAUCAAUCUGGGACUUUUCCCAAGAAGUUCUCUGACUUCAAGCCUGAGGAUACCCAAGAUAUGACAACUCGUGGUACGGAACUCAUGACUCAAGCAUUGGAAAAGGAGUGUGGUGUCACGCAAACGGAGCAAUCAAAACGCUUCUGGCGCAUUCUAGGUGGUCUCGGAACUCACGACUUGUCAGCCAUGCGAGAGGUUUUGGGUAUGCCAACUUCAGUGAGGGGCGUGGCAUAUAAUUUUCCAUUCUGGAAUGUUCUUUUUCAAUAUGAAGGUUUUGCAGUUUCUUACGAAUCUGGUAUGGACCAAGUUCCACGAUUCGACGCGCAUAUCGAAAUAUACACGCCAAAAAAGACUAUUCGUGUACAGUAUGAUACACCUUACGUAAAAGGGCUUCCAGUCACGCUCCACAUUUCCGAGAAUGUUGACGGUACAUACAAGGAGAGUAUUAUUAGGAAAACGUAUGAGGAUGCCUACACAUUAGAACUUUUUGAACUGUAUGCAAUGGCAACGGAAGGCAAAGCCCACAAGACCACAGCAGCCGAUGCCAAGAAGGACUUGGAGAUCUUUGGAAUGAUCAUGCAGGCAGGAUUUUCUAAACUGGAAAAGUAG